GUUGCUCAAGCGCACCUGUGGCCUGCUCGCAUUGCUCGUGUUCGCCACGUGGCACACGGCUUUCACUGGCACCAGCUUGCACCCUCCGGGGGUAAGGCAGCAGGAGCUAGCAGUUCCUAGACAUGGCUUCGCUUGGCACGCGCGAGAUCCCAAGGGUGUGAAACACAUCGAGACGCGGAAUCAAGCUCGGGUUGCCUCAUACCUCAGGCAGACUGUGGAGGAGAUCUUCAACGCCUGCGAAGUGUCUCUUGAGAGAAUGGGUGACGAGGACAUGCAAUACCGUCUUCAAGUCCACGAUGUCAUCAUGAGCCGGGGCUGCCGAGCUGCCUACAUCCACGUCGCCGCGUCGGGGGACAAACUCGAGCAGCGACAGGCCUUCGUGUGGUUGUCACGACAUAAGGGCAAGCUGAAGACCGCUCUUGCCAAGAGAUGGAAGAGGCGCAAGGCCAUUCCGCAGAUCUACUUCUUGGAGUCAAAGUUCGAUGACUGGGAUCAGCAGUUCCGACGGGCUCGAAAGUAUCCGGAACUCAACGAGCCAGAUCCUUACUCGUCCUUCCCCAGCUUUGUGCCGGAGUGGAUGGAGAAGGCUCCUGUCUUCCGCAAACUGCGCAGGGAUGAUUCAGUGGAGCGGUUUCAAGAUACCAUCGGCAUGGGGGACGAGACGAAGCCCUACCCUAAGUGGGGCUACCCUCAAUGA